AUGUCAACUACAGAUACAACAACAGAUAAACCAAAUACAAUCGAAAUCAAAUGUCUUUUAUUUGCCAAAGUAAAAGAAAUGAUUCUUGGUGAACAUUCGAAAGAUGAUUCAGUGAUUGUAAAUCUACCUGCCAAUAAAUGUACAACACACCAACUAAUAUCAGAGCUAAAGCUUAAAUACCCAAAUAUAUCAAAUUUAUUGGAUGUAUGUAUGGUAGCUGUUAAUUUAGAAUACAUCGAUAGAUCCAAUGAUUUAGAAAUAAAAAAGAGAGAUGAAGUUGCUAUAAUUCCACCUGUGAGUGGUGGUUAA